UACACUUUGUAGCACUGUAAGCAUUGCAAAUCUCAUAGUGUGGAAAAUGCCCUUAAGGGCCUACUGCAAGGAAAAUAACCUGCGAAGAAGAUGCUGAUAAGGACUGCAUUGAUUCAAUCAUUCACAAAUCCACAAAGUGCAAGGAGAGUCUGACCAUGGUGUCCAGGGUUCUUCAGGAACUUCUGGUGCCCCUCAAGUUCAAUAUCAUCCUAAUGCAACAUGGAUGCCAGCACCAAUGGUGGUGCCUCUCAACUUUCCUCCUGGAUUAGAACAUUUAAGCCAGAUUGAUCAGAUAUUAAUUCAUCGGCAGCUUGAGCUCCUUGAAAUAACAACCGGCUUUGAAACUUGCAACAAAUAUGAACUAAAAAAUGGUUUGGGGCAAAGGGUGUACUUUGCUGUUGAGGAAACUGAUGGGUUUACACUAGGCGGUUUUGAGGGACUACGAGCAUUUACAAUUAGGAUCUUCAACAACUUGGGCCAAGAAGUCAUAGAGCUCCGAAGACCUUUCAGAGACAUUUGUAGAUGCUGCUGCUGCUGCUUCUUGCAAGAGCUUGAAGUUCAUGCUCCCCCAGGCACACCUGCUGGAUAUAUUAAAGAGAACUGGCAACCCUGGCUCCCUAAAUUUUCUGUCCAAAAUGAAGCCAAAGAACAUGUACUUAAAAUGUUUGGGCCCUGUAUAGGAUGGGGUUGUUCUCACCAUAUGGAUCAACACUAUGAAGUGACAACAAGAGAUGAGCAACAUAUGGUUGGAAGAAUUUCAAAUCAGCUGGAUGGAUUGGUACAAGAAUUCUUUAGAGGUGCUGAUCUCUUCAGAAUCCAGUUCCCAAUGGACCUUGAUAUUAAAAUGAAAGCCAUCAUGAUUGGGGCUGGCUUUCUUGUAGGUAUCACUGUGUUUGAACAAAUGCACAGGCUCUGGUGGUGGUAACAGAGCUAAUGUUUACAUUUUGAAUACUUCAGAGAAAACACUGUUCUUGAUUGGCUAACACUGUCAAGCCAGCAUAUAGGCGGUUUUUGUUACAUUUUUGUAAGCUAUAUAGCCCUACUCUGUCACCUUAUUUCCAUUUACAGGAGCUGCUCUAGAAUGAAUAAAAUGCUUAAAUGUC